AUGACUGCUAUCAUUUCCGCACAGUCUACAAGCGAAGAGGUGUGUGACGCCUUCUCCAGCCACAUCAAAGGCAGUAGAGUCAUCAUCACUGGUGUCACAUUGGGCAGUAUUGGCGGCGAAGUCGCCCUCCAGCUAGCUCGUCGAGACCCUGCCAUGAUCGCGCUAGCAGGUCGAAAACUGGCAUCUCUCCAGGAAACACAACAGGCCAUCCGCUCCGUCGCACCCGAUAUCGAAAUCAAACUGCUUAUGCUCGAAUUAGCCUCGCAGACGCUCAUCAAUAGUGCAGGCGUCAUGGCUGCCCCGUACAAGGCGACGCCCGAGGGCGUGGAAAUCCAGUUCGCAACCAACCAUCUCGGCCGUUUCCUCUUCACGAACCUGAUUCUUCCGCUGAUGUUGACUGCCAGCUCGACCGUUCAGAUCGUCAAUGUUAGUAGCUUGGGGCAUAAGAGGGGACCGGUUCGUUUCGAUGAUAUAGCAUUCGAAGGGGGAAAGACGUAUGAUAAAUGGAAAGCGUAUGGCCAGAGCAAGACGGUUAAUAUGCUCUAUUUGGAUGAAUUGGCUGCAAGACUAGGACAUCGGGGCGUGAAAUCAAUCAGUCUCUCUCCUGGCCGCUUGUAUACAGGUAUCAUGAGACAUGUUUCGAAAAACGAGAUGAGGAAAUGUGACGGGAAACUAAUUCUGGACCCAAAGCUCAAUUGGAGAACGCUCACUCAGGGAGCAGCUACCAUCAUCAAUGCAGCGUACAAUCCAAGUCUCUUCGGUAGGCAAAAAUGGAUCCAUGGAUCGUACAUGGUCAAUAACCCAGUCCAAAUGGACCAGGCAGAGUCGUACGCUGUCGAUCCACGGAACGCGGAAAGACUGUGGUCUCUGAGCGAGAACAUGGUCGGUCAGAGGUUUGUCUACUAG